AUGAUGGACCACGAAAACGUGGCUGAGGAAUGCAACAGCAGCUACAUCAUGGAAGCAUGCGCGGGUUCCAAUGACUGCGGCAGUAGUGCCUCUAGUAGCCACGAUAGAGAGCAGCAGGAGCAACAGCAGCAGUUGCUACAGGCGAUGGGCACCCAAGAGGUGCACAACAACCCCUUCCCCAGUUGCGGCUCGAACCCGCUGGAGGACGAGUGGCAGCCGACGUGGGCGCACGCAUUGCCUUCGUCGGGUGGCAGCGAGAGCGCUGCUGGCGUCGCGUGCGUCCGCCCGCCCUCACCGGACUGCGCGGAGUUGGGCGUGCAACCACCGCCGCCGUCGCCGCCAUCUGCC